AGAAGGGGAAGCCAGCCUUACCCCAUCUUGUCCCCGUCUUCUCUCUCACUUUCUAUCCCCACCUUGCCUUCCUCCCUCCCUUUGGUCUCUCCGCCUCUCUCUUACCGCCAUGUCAUUUGGAAAAGUCAGGCCCGGCGACCACGCCAUUGUCGCAGAGGGUUUCAUCUCUCGUGGCGCGUGGUCCCUCAUUGAGGACAAAUUCUCAGACUUUGCCAAGGCCAAGCUGACUGACGUCGUUCGCUUCACUCUGGACGAGGUGCUGCCCGCCGCCGAGCUCUACGAGGCUCAGAUCUCCAAGGAUCCCGCCACCCGCUGGAAGCAGGUUCCCCCUGUCAUCGAAGAGCUCAAAAACAAGGCCAAAGCAAAAGGCCUCUGGAAUCUCUUUCUCUCCAAGAAGCACUACCCAAAGCAUGGCACCCCGCUCACUAAUCUCGAGUACGCCGUCAUGGCCGAGAUCACAGGUCGAGGUGGCCACUUUGGCUCAGAGGCCUUCAACUGCAGCGCACCUGACACUGGCAAUAUGGAAGUCCUCGCCAAGUACGGCAAUGAGGAGCAGCAAAAGAAGUGGCUCAUGCCACUGCUCAAUGGCGAGAUUCGCUCAGCAUUUGCCAUGACAGAGCGCUUCAUUGCCUCCUCAGACGCCACCAACAUCCGCACCGACAUCCGUCAAGAGGGAAAUGAGAUUGUCAUCAACGGCCACAAGUGGUGGAUCAGUGGUGCAGGGGACCCGCGAUGCAAGCUGCACAUCCUGAUGGGCAAGUCGGACGCACAGAAUGCCAAUCAGCAUAGGCAGCAGUCCAUCGUUCUCAUUCCCGCUGACACUCCGGGGAUCAAAGUUGUGCGGCCCAUGCAAGUCUUUGGCUACGACGACGCGCCAGAGGGCCACUGCGAGGUCAUCUACGAAAACGUGCGCGUGCCCUUGGCCAAUUUGGUGAAAGGCUGGGGAGCAGGCUUCGAGAUCAUUCAAGGUCGUCUCGGGCCGGGUCGCAUUCAUCAUUGCAUGCGCUCCAUUGGUGCUGCCGAGGCUGCACUGGACCGUAUGCUCACCCGUGUGACCGACACGAGAAAGAGGACAUUUGGCAAAGCCCUCUAUGAGCACGGCACCAUCGUAGCGGACAUUGCCCGUUCACGCAUGCAGAUCGAUCAAGCACGCCUCCUCGUCCUCUCCGCAGCAAGCAUGAUCGACAAGUCAGACGCAAAGGGCGCCAUGCGUGACAUUGGCAUGUCCAAGGUCGUGGUGCCCACUGCAGCCCUCGAGGUCAUCGACAGGGCGAUGCAAGCUCAUGGGGCUGAGGGUAUUUCUCAGGACACGCCUCUCGCUGCUGCCUACGCCGGCCUGAGGACAUUGAGGUACGCUGAUGGGCCGGAUGAGGUGCAUAUCCAGCAGAUUGGCAAGCAGGAGUUGAGAAGGGCCGAAGCCUUGUGGGAGAGGCAGAAUCGUAUUACUGGGGAGAGCGAGAAGAAGUUGAAGGCAGCCGGGAUCCGGUCGCAUCUUUGAGUGACCAUCCCUCUUGGGCCACAUUUAUUGCCAGCAGCUCAUGACCAGAAUGUCACGCCAUGCCAUGC